AUGUUGUUUGUAAUCUUAAACACACACACACACACACACACACACACACACCACACACACACGCACCAAAGUCUUAACGUCUUGUCGUAUUACCUGAUAAUAAUAAUGAUUAAUACUGACAUUUUUAGCGUUGAUCCCCAAUCCAUCCCUGACGAGGAAAACCUGCGUAGCCUGUCCGAGCUGCUGCUUGUGAGACAGUCAAUACUCGAUUUAAUUUCCAAGUCUUCUUCAGCCUCGGUGGACAAAGACUUGGAGAGUGAAGAUCCGACAGACAAAUCUAGACUUACCAAAAGAGUUUUCUGCAAUGGCUUUACUGGAUGUGGAGGUCGUUUCCGUGGGAGACGGAGACAACAACAGCCUGUGGCAGAAAUCGGGAAGCGACUUUUGCCUAACUUCAGGAAACGUCCUUUCUGUAAUUCGUACGGUUGUUACAACAGCGGAAAGAAAAGAUUCAGCCCAGGGCCAAACAUGAAUGAAGUUUCGAAGAUGACUCCUUUGACAGAUGGAAUGCUCCACGAAAGGAUCAAGAAGUUGUUCUGCAAUGGGUAUGGAGGUUGUCAAAAUCUGGGCAAACGUGUAGUGCUUCUGGACGCAGCCCUGGCGAAAGCUGUUAGCGACCAGGACAAGCUUUCCUUUCCUCUUACAACGAGGUCACUGUUGAGUAAGCUAGAAGGCAUCAAGCGGAUGUUCACGUCCGAUUUCGACGACCAAGUUGACAACCUUAUCAGCCGCAUGAGAAG